AUGGAUGGCACGGUGCCCGCUUCCAGACUCCAUGUUAGCCAUGAUUACAGAGGAAGAACGGUGAGAAAAAUUUUGCAUGAAAGUUUUUGUAGCGACUCGUAGACAUGGAUAUAUAUAUAAGAUUUACAGCUCCGACGAACGUCCUCUCUCCAACUUCCCAAUGAAUUCGAAAAACUUCGGUUACAGAAGCCCUUCGGAGUAGUCGUUUCAGCCCUUUCUAGUAUCAAAAACAGCACGAUCAGUGUCUAUGCCUCAACAUUAAGUGCCGUCGGACUUCUGGAUGCGGGAAUUCCAUCGGAAAGACCUCUAAAUUUGUAUUCAACAAUGAAAAAGUACAAAUGUUGUUUUGGUAUAUGCAAAUUGAAGCCGGCUUCAGCUGCCAUCGGCAUUUUCUCUACAUUAUAUCCGGUUGUCAGUAAGUUAAUACAUAAAGAUAAUAACCUUUAUGUAAAUUUAUUGCGACAUUUUUUUGAACCAACCGCUUUUAAGAUCAAGUGAGGUAUGAGAUGUAAAUCUCAUAGUAUUAAUAUUAAUUUUAGUUAUUAUAAGGUAUGAGAGUGCUUGCCCGUAGAUUUAUAUAAAGAAUUAAUGAAAGCUGAUGAGAGACGACCUUUUAUUUUCAGUACUUCUUGUCUGGUGCUAUUACGAGCGACAGCAUCAGAGAACGGCAUCUCUCCCGAUCUCCCUUCCAGCUCUCUUGUUCAUCAUGUAUAAAGUUUUAUCAAGCAUUUUAUUAUUGACAGGGCUCUUGUGGAAUGCCCAUUACCUCCUCAUUCCUUUCAUGGUAAACUUGGUAAGCUAAGAUAUGAGAAGUAUGCAUAAAUUGUGACUUGAGGAGCCAUAUUAUACUCUUUUUAGGCUCUAAAUAUCAUGGGAUCAAUGGGAUUAGGGAUCUUCUUGAUGUUAUCCAACGAUCGACUAGGCACGCAGCUCUUCCCCGCCUUUGCCAUAUGUUCGGUUGGACUGAUUGCCAUGUAUUUGUGGUUCUUGGCCAUCAUUUUCAUGACCUUUGUGUUGAUCAGAGAUAAGAAACGACUUCGAGAAGGGCGAUUUACGCUGGUCAAUAAGGAAGAUCACUCUGUACAUUAUUUAGAGCGAGUAAACAGUGCGCAAUUCUGAUGUUUUUUAUGUGAAUAAUAAAUAUUUGUUGAACUUUGUUCUCGUAUUUUACCCUAUGUGUUGUUUUUAUCGUCCGUUUACCGAUUUUUUGAUUGAAACAAAUUUUAAGUCAUCAAAUUGUUAUCAUCCUACUUUUACAACAUAAGCAACAGUUAUGAUCGGAAAGACAUGUUAAGACCGAUGUGAUGCUGAGCCGGGUAACAUCUGCCAACUUGGCACUUAGGAAUGAGGUACCCCAUGUCAUGUUUUUAUUUAUUUUGGGACAAGAGACCGAGAAAAUAAAAAAAUUUUUGAAUGCGAAAAAUAAAAAGUGGAGAAAACUGGUGGAAAAGGAGCCUUCGGAGAGAGCUUUCGGGUUGAAAAAGGCCUGCUCUCUCUUCGCCCCGUCUUCCACUCCCAUUCCGACAUGUGAUGCACUUUCGCUCCGAUUCUAUUUUCUCUCGAUUUUUCGACCAUAACUCGGCCAGCUCUUGGCCAAUUUCCCUGAAAUUUUAAUAUUCUGUAGAAAAUUUUACGGGCUUUAAUUUGGUAUUAAUUUUAUAAUAAUCGGCGAAGGAUAACGUGUCGAAAAUGGCUUUUUUCUGAUUAUCGACUUUGUGUAUCUUUGACGCGAGAGAGCACCUUUUAAAUUCAAAUUGUAAUACGUUUUUCUGAUCGGUAUGAUUGUAUGUUUGCAGGGAAUGGGGCGUCCUUACAUCGAGGUGCCCAAUGGGAGUCAUGUGUUCGUCUGCAAGAAGUGUCGGACCUUCGUGGCCAGUAGUGACCAUUUCACAAGCGAUGCCUUUCAAGGUAAUUACCGUAAUCCCAUAGAUUUUUGUUUGGGGCUAUGUUCAGUUUACGUUGUAGGUAUUGUAAUAGUAUUUUUUUAGCUGGUAGUGGAAAAGCGUUCCUGUUCCGGAAUGCUUUCAACGUGACGACUUCGUCCGUGGAGAAGAAGAGCAUGAUCACUGGGGAACAUAUUGUCAGAGAUAUCUUCUGCGCACAGUGCAAUGUAAGCUCUAACCGUUUUUUUCUCUCUUCCAUAAUUUAGAAACACCUGAGUCGUCGUCUCAAUACAUCAUUUCCGGUCUGAUUGAUCAUGAAUAUUAUAAAAAAGAAACCGAUCUUACUCGUUUCAGACCAAAAUCGGAUGGAUGUACGAACUAGCAUAUGAAGAGAGUCAGAAGUAUAAAGAAGGGCAAUACAUUCUGGAAUGGGCUUACAUUAUCUGCAUGAACAAUGAACAUGAUAAAGCUGAUAUUCCACAUGUUGAUGAUGAUGAAGAAACCGUCGAUCUGGUAAUGCAGCGACUAUUACCUGAGUACAUAAUCAACAAUGGAAUGCCGGAUGACCAUCCUUCUGUGGAAUUACAUUAUCAUAACCGGAUGAGGAAUCCAAUGAGAUAUCAUUAUCAAAGGUGA